ACAGCAACAGCAACAGCAACAGCAAUAGCAACUACGACUCCGCGCUCUACCAACCGUAUCCGCUUCCCUCGUCCCCUCCGCACUCACCGUUCGUCAACAUGCUGCCUCCGCAGCACCCGCAUGCCCUGCCUACUCCCCCGACGCCGCUUCCGCCUCCUCCACGACUGCAGUUCAGCAAUAUGUCUGGAUCAUCGUCCUCGGCUGGGCUCUCGUCCUCGCCGCCCCGGCCUGCGACGCCGUACAUGCAACUGCCGACGCAGUCCUACUUCUCUGCAAAGCAGACCUACCAGCAGCAGCAGCAAUACGCGCAGUACACAUACAAGUCGCGUCCCAAGCAAGAGUACGCCACUCCCCAGCAACAAAGCUCGCAGCAGUACAACUACAGCAACAACAACUCCAACUACAGCAGCACCAGCAACAACAGAUCAACCUACCGGCCCCCUGCGUUCACUCACCACUUCUACCCCCCGACACCCUCCUCGUCUUCCCCGUCGUCCUACUCGCCUUCCGCCGUCCCGUCCGCAAAGCCAUUCCCCACCUCGCCAUCCAAGCGCGUCAACUCCUCGACCCUGACCUCGCACAAGCGCGCAAAGAUUGCAAAUGACGCGUCGUACUCGACCAUCGCUGCCCGACGCGCCGCGACCGCCGCGCAGCAGCAGAAGCAGGACUAUCCACCACUGCCACAGCAGCAGCAGCUGAAGAAACGGAAGAAAGUUGUGGUGGUGAGCGAGAAGUUGAAUGGGUAUACCUUGAUUCCUGAGUUUGAGGAACGAUACCAGCUCGGCGAUGAGCUUGGAAGUGGUGGUUUUGGAUUCGUCAUGUCUGCAACCAGACAAUCCGACGGCCGCGAGGUGGCCGCGAAAUUCAUCUACCGCUCCAAGAUCCCCUCGCACUCGUGGAUCCACGACCGCGUGCAUGGCAUGCUCCCGAUGGAGCUGUACGUCCUCCUACGCGUCGCCGAGGGCGGCGGCCAUGCGAGCAUCAUCAGGUUUUACGAAUAUUUCCAGGACGAAAUCUUUUUCGUGCUCAUCACUGAGUUACAUGGAACUCCAUGGAGCCGGAAACCCAAGACUCCUGCUGCAGCGCCGAGACAGCCGCUGACCAAACUUGCGGUCGAGAAGAUUCAGAACAUGCAAGCACUCGGCAAGGGCCCCGAGCAGCUCAAAAAGGAGGCCAAGAAUGCGGCAGAGAUGAAGUCAGAUGGUGCUGCUGAUACUGACGCCGAGGGCGAGGCUGAUUGCGAGCUAGACGACGCGGGAUCGUACCACUCGUCCUUAGACGGCGAUUACGUGCCACCGCACUCGGCGUCGUCUUCCGACGUUGAUUUCUCGUCCGAGAUGGAUGUGGAAUAUGACGAAGACGAGGACGAGGAGAGUGAGCCGGAGAGCGAAGAGGAGGAGCCUGAAGUGCGGGUUGCGAUGAAGCGCGACAGUCAUGAUCUGUUUGAGAUGAUUGAGACGCGCAAGAACUUGACCGAGCGGCAAGUUAGGUAUAUGAUGCGACAGAUUGUGAAUGCACUUUGGUACCUUGACAGUCUAGGCAUUUACCAUCGCGAUAUCAAGGACGAAAACAUCUUGGUCGACAACACCCUCACCGUCAAACUAAUCGACUUUGGCUCCGCCGUUGUCCUCCCUCCUCUGACGACCCCUCCCUCACCCCCCCACUCGUCCUUCUCCUCCUCGUCCCCUUCCACCGCCGCCGGCCGCACCCCGCGCCCUCUUCGCGCCCAAUUCCGCAAGUUCUACGGCACCCUGCAGUACGCCCCCGUCGAAGUCCUCCAAUCACAACCCUACGACGCCGAAAAAUCCGACGUCUGGGCGCUCGGUAUCCUGAUCUACACCUGUCUCACGGGCCAAACCCCCUUCCGCUCGCCGGACGACGCGAUCAAUAAGCAGUGGGAUCUGACGUCGAAGCGCAAGGACGUGAGUCCCGAGUGCCUUGAUUUUCUCGGGAUGUGUUUGCAGAAGAACGCGGCGAGGAGGGGGUCGAUUGAUGAUCUGGCGAGGAGUCGGUGGUGGCUGGUUGAUUUGCCUUGAUGUUUUUAUGAAUUUGGCAGGAAAAUUGCUUUUUGUGCUGUUUGCUUUUCUUUAGUGUUUUAGUUUUAAUGUAUCUUCUAUGUUGAAGUAAUGGGCGUUCAAUAGUAAUAUGGUAUGGUUUAGAUAGAUGGAGUUGAUCCCAGUAAUCAAAAAGACUAUAAUACUACUACAA